GCCCGUUUGACCAAACUGCAAAACUGCAAAGUUGCAAAGUUGCACCAUUCCAUACACACAAAAUUUUCCAAGGGAGAGAUAAACAAACAUGAGUUACAAGAUAGCCGAAGGGUCAUUUACACACCCCACUUCCCACACGCAGACGGUCGAAGCAUGUGUACGUAAUGCACGUAAUGCACGUAAUGCCACAAUUAGCUAAACAUGGUUUGGGGAAGUGAUGAUGAGAAUUUUUCGAAGCACAAAUUUAAGAAAAAAAUUGAACAUCGCCCGAGCCGCGGUUCCUCGUUCAUUGGGGAAUCGAAGGGGAAGAAGGAAAAAAAGGAAAAAAAAAAUUCCCCCCUUGUAACAAAAGAAAAGAAAAAAAUUUUGGAGUUAAAAAAGGAAAAGCGAGCGAAACGGGGAAGCUCCGUCGAAGGAGACUCCCACCCACCCCGUUGGCUGCUCGUCCUUUAGCUGCUCGUGUUGGAGGGGGCAACUCGGCAUGUUACUCUUACGCGAGGUGUGUAUAAGCACGUGCAUGCGCAUCUUAUAGGCACAUGUGCGCGCUCGCCUUGGUCCUCGAAUGGUUUCAUCGCGCUGCACCGUGGUGUACUUAUAUAGGUUUACACACGCCACCGCUUCGAUUUCCGCCUCGAUUUUGGCCUCGAUUUCCACUUCGAUUUGCUUGCGGCCCAGUCAGAUAGACAAUGUUGCUGAAGCAGUGCAUCGUGAACUACCAGCUGCUGGUCAACUGCCGCGACCUCCUCUGCGGCCAUGUGAGAAUUUUCGGCGUCGGCAGGGGCCGCGGCGCCGCGCACGUGGGAGGCGUGAAGAGUGGGAACAGUGUGAACAGCGUGAACAGCGUAAACCGCGUAAACCGAGUGAAAAGUGUAAACCGCGCGAGAAAAGGGAGAAGCACCCCGAAGGUGAGCAACGCCCUGAACGCGCCAAACUUGACCAACCUGCCAAACCUGCCCAACCGGCCAAACCGACCCAACGCGGGGGACUUCCUCUUCCUGCACAAAAUCCCCUACCGCGCGAGCACCCCCCACGCGCUGAAAAAACAGAGGAGCGACGCACCAAAGGGACCCCAAAUGAGCAGCCCACAGUGGAUAACGCACAUGUCCAGGAAGUGCAGCCGGUGGAGGAUACGCCUGUUCUCAAGUGAAAGCCAAAAUGGAGGGAAAAAAACUACCUGGGGAGGAGAAAAUGAAGGGGGUGCUGGAAAUGACCAAGGGAGGGAGGACCCCAAAAGGAACAUCAACCGAGCACAGCAAACCUUCCUCAACAUACGGAAAAGCUUGAGGGAGUCAUUUGAAAAGAAGCUAAACGAAAGCGCAGAGGGAGGUGUGUCCAUAAGGGAUAUUUACAAAAUUUUGAAGAAGGAGAGGAAUUACCUAGCCGUGGCGCUCCUCUGCUUGUUAAUCUCAUCCCUGGGGCAAAUGUUCUUUCCCAUGUGUAUAAGCAAAAUAAUUAACAUGUACGGAGGGAAGGAGGAAUCAUUAAGGUACGUAAUGGACGAGGUAUACAAAACGGUGUUCCUAAUUAUAGGGAUUUCUACCUUCAGUUUUUGCCGCAUAUAUUUUAUCGAAACGUCUAUAGAAAAAAUUACAAGACGGUUAAGAAAGGACCUGUUUGAAAAUAUACUGAAUCAGAAAUUGUCUUUUUUUGAGAAGCAGAAAACAGGAGAGUUAAUAAACAGAUUGUCUAACGAUAUUGAGGUUUCUUCGAGGGUACUAAUCACUCUUUCCUUUGGAAUUAGAAAUUUGAUUGCGGCCAUUGUUGGAGGAAUUUGCGCUUUGCAUAUAUCUCCAAGUAAAUUAUUUCAGUCAUUUUUGCUCCCCGUUUCUGCCGCUCUACUAAUUGGUACCACUUAUGGCAAAAUUGUAAAACAGAUUAGCAUUUUAAAACAAGAGAAGUUAAGUAACUGCAUCGAUUUUGCGUCGGAAAAAAUACACAACAUUGGAAACGUCAGAUUGCUUAAUGGAGAAUCUUUUGAAAAAAAAGAAUUUACAAAUUAUUUAAAUGAAGUGUACAAAGCAGGGACUAAGUAUUCUCUGAUCAAAGCUGGAAACCACUUCCUCUUCGUUAGCAUCAUUUCGCUUUUUUUGCUCCAUUUGAUUUAUUAUGGGAAUUAUCUCAUUGCCAAUAAGUAUAUAAACACGGGGGAUUUAUUUUCCCUAAUUAUGUAUUCCCUCUUUUGCGGUAGUGGCAUACAGGGGGUUAUGCAAUCCAUUGGAGAUCUCCAGAAAUGCAUUGGCUCCUGUGCAAAGGUACUUCAAAUUAUUAACCUCCCCAAGAGUGAGUUCAACGAGCACUGGUCCAAGGACACAAUUCGUUUCCUCAGAAAUGAGGAUUACUCCAUCAGGUUUGACAGCGUUUCGUUUUCCUACGGCGCGGAUGAGGAGAUCGUUCCGCACGGCAAGCCCUCCGCCGCGGGCGACCUCCUUUCGCGCAGUGGGAGUAGCGGCAAUCGUGGCAGUCACGACAGUCGCGGCACCGACAGCACGAGCAGCACAACGCGCACAACCCACGCGGAGGAGAACAACUACGCCCUGAAGAACGUCUCCUUCUUCCUGCCGCACAACAAAUCAGUUGCCAUUGUAGGCAAAAGCGGCAGCGGAAAAACCACCAUCCUGAAUCUGCUCUCCAAAAAAAUCACCCCCAACGCGGGAAACAUCCUCAUAGGCAAUUUCCAAAUCGAGAAAAUCAGCUCCUCGGCGUUACGCUACAUCCAAGGAGUAAUCACGCAAAACCCUUUUCUCUUCAACACGUCUAUCCAAGACAACCUGCUCUACCCCCUCAAGGCAUAUGAACAGAUGCUGCAGGAGCAACUCGUGCUCAUAGAGGAGGAAAAAAUUUCCCAAAGGAGUACCAAAAAAAAAAAAAAAAACAUAAAUUCGUGCAGCGGUACCAAAUCAGCAGUGCUCAACAACAGGGCGUAUGGAAGCACCUCCCAAUCGGACGAAGUCGCAGUGGACGACUUGGACGAAAUACACUCCUUUGUCACCAGGGAAAUACAAAACGUGCAAGAAAAUUUAAAAAAAAUUACUCCAGAUAUGUUGAAAGAUACUUAUAAAAAUUUUCAUAUUCAUGACUUUUUAAGUAAGUACGCUCAUUACGACGAGGUGAAUGUCGGGGUGGAUGGAUCUUCCUUGUCGGGAGGACAGAAGCAGAGAGUGUACCUUGCUCAGAAUUUAUUUAAGAAAAAUAAAAUUCUCAUUUUGGAUGAACCCACAUCUUCGCUAGACAAGUUAUCCGAGAACAUAAUUAACGAAGCGCUACUGAAAUAUAUGAAGGGGAAAACGUCCAUCAUUUUUACCCACCGGCUGGACCUCCUCAAUUUCGUUGACUACAUCGGUGUGCUUAAUGAUGGCUCCAUGGUGCAGUUUGAUUUGCGGGCCAGGGUGCUCGAGAAGCCCUGCGACAUUUUGCGCCAGAUACUCAAGGGAAGACGAAAGAAACUAAACAACAUGCUGAUGUGCGCAGGUAGGAAGCGGUUUUAUUUUUCGCUGCCCAGCUCGAGGGCGUUAAAAAAUAUUGUAAAGUUGCCCCUACUGGAAAGGGAAGAUAAGCAAAAAAUCAUACACAUAUGGAAGGAAAAGUACCAAAAUGACAAAUACGUCGUGGCAGAUCAUAUACACAUAAGCAAAUAUGAACAGAUUAAAAAUAAUUGCAAAAAUAAUUCCCAUUUCAUUAUUCCACAAAGGAACCAAAAUGGCUACAUAAAUUUUUACUCGCAAUUUAUUGACCACAAGUUGCUAUUCAUAACAGCUCUGGAGGAAUAUAAUAAAUUGCGGGCAAAUUCAACGCCAUAUGUAACGUUGCAUUUUUUUGACGAACUGAAAAGUAGGGAAAUUAUUUUAACAAAAUUAAACAUUGUAAAUAACGUAAUUACAAAAAAUCAAGCCAUUAAAUUUUACAAUUAUAUCCUGUCCUUUUAUUCGGACGCGAAUUAUUUUCCAUACGUGUGCAAAUUUAACAACGACAGCAGAAAUUUUCACUACGAUGCGUUCAUUGACAAAUUUAAGCACCUCUGUUGA